GAGAGGGUGAGUGAUUUCACUCACAGUUUCUCUGCAAAAUUAAUGACAUAUUAACAAUGAUGAAGAAGAAGAAGCAUUUCUCCUCCAUUGCCAAUGAUGUCCCCCACAGAUGUUCAGAAAUGCUGAACACUACUGUGGAGGAAUUGGUGAAGGGAUUUGAAUCAGAGGGGAACCAAGAAACAGGUGAUUAUUCAAGAAAAUUAGUUGAAUUUUGCUGCUCAAAAGCUUUGAGUGGAAUGUGUGAAAGAAUGGGAGAUAUGAUUGGUGAUGGGUCCUUUAGCCGGUUCACAUUUGAUAUGAUGCUUGCUUGGGAGAUUCCAAGUUCUCAAGAAGAGGAAGCUUAUACGGAAAGUUUGGGAAAGGAGAAAGAGGAAAGGAGGAAGCCUACAAAGGCAGUUGAAGAACAAGAUGAUAUCUCUCUUUUCUAUUCAGACAUUAUGCCACUUCUUGUCGAUAAUGAGCAAAGUGUUGGAGAAGAUGCUUUUGUUUGGUUGGUAUCAUUAGUUCCACUAGCUGCUGAUGUUGUUAAUGGAAGAUUUAUGUUUGAAACGCUAACGGCAACAACAUGCUACCAGCUCCAUUUUCCAGCAUAUGACAUGUUCCUUAAAGAAAUUGACAAGUGCAUAAAGAAUUUGCAAAACCAAGCAAAGCCAAAGGGCGUGGAGUUGGCAGAUGAUGAAUAUAUAUUGCAUUUCGAUGGUACAGCAACCACACAGAGAGUAGUUCGUCAUAUUGGAGGAACAAGUUGGCCAGGCAGGCUUACUCUGACCAACUAUGCUCUCUACUUUGAGGCGUCUGGAGUGGUAACUUAUGAAGAUGCACUUAAAAUUGAUCUCUCAAAGGAUAUUGAACACACUGUUAAGCCAGCAGCCACAGGACCAUGGGGUGCUCCACUCUUUGACAAGGCCAUAGUUUACGAGUCUCCCGAAUUAUCUGAAGGAAUUACUUUCGAGUUUCCUGAAAUAACAAGCUCCACAAGACGUGACCUUUGGCUUGCACUCACCAAAGAGAUCAUGUUGAUGCACAAGUUUUUGUCAAAAUAUAAUGUGGAAUAUCCAACACAAGCAUGGGACAUGCAUUCGAGAACAAUAUUGGCGAUCAUAAGGCUCCAUGCAGGAAGAGAAAUGCUCAGGAUGUCGCCUCCAGAACCUACAAAAUUCUUGAUUUUUGCCCUGUUUUAUGAGGUACCUAAGGGAGAUAUUGUCCUAGAGGAGCUAGCUGAGAGCCUAAAGAAAGACGGUGGUGGAUAUCAAUGCAAAGCCAGCUCAAUUUUAAGGAGUAUGAACAUUUCACAUCCAGUAGUCUCAACUGAAGAAAUAAAGGCAGUGAGGAUGGAACCCAAAAGCGCAAGUGGCCUAGAUGAAAAUAUCUCUCAAUUGGAGGCCGCUGUUAAUCAGGCCAGGGAGGAAGCAAGGGAAAUCAACGUUGCCAAAGCCACCACUGAGUGUUUGAAAGAGGAAGGGAUCGGUGAAAGUGUACUUGUUCUUAUGAAUCUACUAAAGCCACUUGGAGAUAUGCUCCCUCGGCUUAACGAAAUCCUAUCAUGGAAAAAGCCACUAACAACACUGGCUGUGAUUGUUACAACUAUGCUGAUUGUGUACAAGGAGUGGGUUGGAAAGGCUAUUGCUGCCUGUUUAUUGUGGAUAGUUGCCAAGAUGCUACAGGCAAGACGAAGAAGGCUUCAUGAAAAGUGCAAUGAGAUAGUAGUCGAAACUGGUGGCUCAGAUCAGACUAUGAUGGAAAGCAUAGUAUCGGCGCAAUAUGGAUUGAUAACUGUCCAUGAGAUUAUCCAGUCUGCAAAUAUAAUAAUAUUGAAGAUAUGGUCAAUAGCAAUCUCAAAAGCAUAUAAGCAUGCUAACAUGGCAAUGGCGGCUAUGUGUGGGUUAGCUAUCAUGUUAUCGGUGAUCCCGUUCAAGUUCAUAAUAAUGGCAGCUAUAUUGUACUUCUUCAUCUUGACAUCAAAACUAGGCAAGUUGUUGGAAAGUGAUCAGGGGAACAGAAGACUGAAAGAAUGGUGGGAUUCAAUUCCUAUAGCUCCUGUUCGCAUUGAAGACAAGGACAAAGUUGCCAAAAAUAUUUGACAGUUCAACAUACAGAAAAAAACUUGGUUGU